ACCGAACCAGGGUUGUCAAAUAUGCAAAAUAUCGUUUGGGGAGUGUAGUGUGUUCCGUUGUCAACAAGCGUUUGAUUUGGGGGCAGAGGCUGCCGGGGCCAAUGACGCCACUGGACAAAUACGAGACAUACCACCAGGAGGCCACAUAAAUCAAUAACAAAACCGAUUUACCGGAGCGGCAAGAAGCAGAUCGGAGAAGCUUGAGAUUGGAUUGGGUUUCUUUCAAAACACCGAGUGUUUUCCCGGUUCUUGGUUACAUAAUCAUGCGCUGGCUGAGGCGCAGCUGGGCGGGAUUGCUCCAACAGAGACACCAGCAGCAUCACCGGCGGCUUCUGUUGACCACCAAUCGGGCGAGCGAUGGAGAAAGGGAGCAGCAGCAGGACUUCAAGUGGAGUUCUCCGGGCAGCAGAGCAGAGCAAGUGCUCUAUGCCGGCUUCUGGGCAGGUGGCUUGACCCUGGGCUACUACUGGCUGACCCACAGGAACAACAAAGUGCUGCUCGUGGAGCAGGUUUCAGACGAGGACAAACAGGAGGCACUGGCUCGACUCUGGCACGUGACCCCAAGAAAAGAGCUGCCCACCUACAAGGCCGACCAAGUGGAGCAGCACAACUGUCCUGAGAAAGGUAUUUGGGUGACCUACGGCCUGGGCGUUUAUGAUGUCACAGACUUUGCCGAGAAUCAUCCGGGGGGCGAUAAAAUCUUGAUGGCUGCCGGCAGCGCCAUAGAUCCCUUUUGGGCCAUCUACCAACAGCACAAUACGCUGGAAGUUUUAGAGCUUCUAGAAGGCUUUCGCAUUGGCAACCUGGAGGGUGAACUGGUGGCCAGUGUUGACGAUGAGUUGGGCUCGCCCUGGUCGCAGGAACCGCAGCGCCAUGCCCUGCUCAAGCCAGCCUCCAAGAGACCCUUCAACGCAGAACCACCCAUUGGCCUGCUGGCCGAGCAGUUUUACACGCCCAACGAGCUAUUCUAUGUGCGCAACCACCUACCAGUGCCCGUAAUCAGUCCGGAGGACUACGAACUGGAGAUCGAGGGUGGCGAAAAGAAAAAGACCCUAAGUUUGGAGGGGAUCAAGGACCUUCCGAAGCAUUCGGUGACUGCGGCCAUAAUGUGCGGUGGCAAUCGACGCUCCGAGAUGACAAAAGUCAAAGCGGUGAAGGGUCUUUCGUGGGGAGCCGGUGCAGUGGGUAAUGCCAAAUGGUCCGGAGCUCGACUGUGCGACGUUCUGAAGCAGCUGGGUGUGCAGCCGGACGAGACCAAGCACGUGAUAUUCGAGGGUGCCGACCUGGAUCCCACUUCCCACCCGUACGGAGCAUCGAUUCCACUGGCUAAGGCUCUGGAUCCGCGGGGAGAUGUCAUCCUGGCCUACGAGAUGAACGAUGAGCCACUGAGCCGAGAUCAUGGCUUCCCCAUCCGAGUAAUUGUACCCGGCACAGUGGGCGCCCGCAAUGUCAAGUGGCUGACGCGGAUUGUUGUGGCAGAUCGGGAAUCGGACUCACACUGGCAGCAGAACGACUAUAAGGGCUUCAGUCCCAGCACGGAUUGGGACACGGUAGACUUUAGCAAGUCGGAUGCCAUCCAGGCCAUGCCGGUGACCUCGGCCAUCUGUACGCCGCAGCCAGGAUCCAGGGUCAAAAUAGAUGACGACGAGGGACAUAUCGCGGUGAGGGGAUACGCGUGGAGCGGAGGCGGUAGGAAGAUAGUGCGGGUGGACCUGAGCAACGAUGAAGGUUUGACCUGGCAUGUGGCCGAACUGGAGCAGGAGGAUAUACCCGACGGCAGACACUACGGUUGGUCACUGUGGACCGCUCGUCUGCCCGUUUCUGAGGCCCAAAGGAAAGCUGGGGGCGUUGAGAUCUGGGCCAAGGCCGUCGACUCAGCGUACAAUGUGCAGCCGGAAAAGUUCGAGCAUAUAUGGAAUCUGCGUGGCGUUUUGGCCAAUGCCUACCACAAGGUCAAAGUGAAGAUAGUCUAAGCGGAAGUUUUCUUAAAACUAAUCAAAUAUGGGGAACUGAAGAUUGUCCACAUAAAAAAUAAAGAACUGGAGAAACAUAUUUUGGAUCCAA